CUGUACCCCGUGUGCGGUGAAAACCCCUCAUACGGAAUGUAGACCCCACAUUGACGCCACUAUCAGGGAUCUCGCGGCUAAAGCUAUCAUCGCGGGAGAGACACCGUCAGACAACCUGCAACACAGUGACCAUGUGGAAGCAGAGAGGGUCGAGGAGGCUCCAGUCCCGGCCGAAGUCCCUCCUCCUCCUCAAGCGGAACCCGAAGUGGCCAAGGAACCGCCCGCCGUCAUAGAGCCUGAACCAAUCGAACCGGAACCUGAACCCGAACCACCGAAGCCAGUUGCCGAAGCGCCAGCGCCGCCACCCGCGCCCGCCGCACCGGUCGUCCCGGAGCCUCCAGUUGAAGCUCCAGUGUCUGCCCCGGAACCAGCGAAGCCAGUGGAAGUCCAGCCCGAGCCUGUCGCCAGCCCGCCACCGCAGCCAGUCGCCCCACCUCCCCAACCUGCUGCCCCUGCUCCUUCACCACCUAAGCCAGCCGUUGCAGAACCUGGUUUCUUCGACAAGAUAAUCAACAUAAUCUUUGGUUUGCCCAAGGGGGAGAGGGAUCCAAAGUGGGCACAGCCUUGGCAGACGCACCCAGAGCACGCCAAGAAAAAAGUUGAGAAAGUUCCGGAAGUAGAACAGGGACCUGUUGGGCCUUCGGGAGGAAUCAUUGACAAAUUUGUUAAGCUGAUCUUCCCGACUGUUCCUGAAACAACAAAACGUGAUCCCAAAUGGGCCCAACCCUGGCAAACACACCCUGAACAUGCCAAAAAGAAGGUAGAAGUAGCAGAGGAACCUAAGGAAGAUAAGCCUGUAGGUCCUUCAGGAGGAAUCAUUGAUAAGUUUGUCAAACUCAUCUUCCAGACUGUCCCUGAAGGCACAGUUCGAGACCCCAAAUGGGCCCAACCAUGGCAGACACACCCUGAACAUGCCAAAAAGAAGGUAGAAGUAGCAGAAGAACCUAAGGAAGAUAAGCCUAUAGGUCCCUCUGGAGGAAUUAUUGACAAGUUUGUCAAAUUAAUCUUCCAAACUGUACCCGAGGGAACAGCUCGAGACCCCAAAUGGGCCCAACCAUGGCAGACACACCCUGAACAUGCCAAAAAGAAGGUAGAAGUAGCAGAAGAACCUAAGGAAGAGAAGCCUGUUGGUCCUUCUGGAGGACUCAUCGAUAAGUUUGUCAAACUUAUUUUCCCAACAGUCCCAGAAGGAACAAAGCGCGAUCCUAAAUGGGCCAAACCUUGGCAGACACACCCUGAGCAUGCAAGAAAAGUAGUGGAGGUCGUUGAACCUAAGGAAGAUAAGCCUAUAGGUCCCUCUGGAGGUAUUAUUGACAAAUUUGUGAAGAUGAUUUUCGAAACUGUCCCUGAAGGUUCAAAACGUGACCCUAAGUGGGCCCAGCCAUGGCAGACUCACCCGGAACACAAAAAAGCUGCUCCUGCGCCAGUUGAAGCUCCUAAACCACCUGCAGUGCCUGAACCAGCUGUUGCACCUAAGCCAGCUCCAGUCCCAGAACCAGCUCCAGUCCCGAAACCAGUUGCUGCUCCUGAACCAAUUGCUGCUCCUGCACCAGUUCCUGCUCCUGCACCAGUUGCUGCUCCUGAACCAGUUGCUGCUCCUGCACCAGUUGCUGCUCCUGAACCAGUUGCUGCCCCUGAACCAGUUGCUGCUCCUGAACCGGUAGCAGCUCCUAAACCAGUUCCUGAACCAGUUCCUGAGCCAGUAUCUGCUCCAGCACCCAAGCCAGUUGAACCUGCACCUGCACCAGAAGUAGUGAAGGCACCGGAACCUGCACCUGAACCUAAACGACCGGUUGAAGAACCUGUUGUAGAGAAGGCCAAGUUUCCCGAGGAGAAAGUGGCAGUUCCAAGUGAGCCUGCAAAGGAAGCCCCAGCUGAUAGUAAACCGCUGGCUGAUGCCCCCGAAGCCCCCAAGGAGCCGGUAUUGGCAGAAGAGACUAAAGAAGAGGCACCGCAGGAGGAGGAGGAGCAGGUAGUGGUGGUCCCCUCUGCCUUCCGCUCCCGCGACCACCUCGAGGCCAUCCUGGGCCUGGACGAGACCUCGAGGGACGCGGCGGCGCGCACCGACCCCAUCGCCGAGGCCACGCUCAAGGACCUCAAGAAGAUCUACGAGGCGGCCAUCAAGCCCCUCGAAGGCCUCUACAAGUACCAGGACAUCUCCAACCGCCACGUGUCCGACGCCGAGCUCUUCGGCACGCCGCUCGUCCUUCUCUUGGGCCCAUACUCCACCGGGAAGUCCACCUUCAUCAACUACCUCACGGGCGUCGAGUACACCAAGCGCGCCCUCAAGACAGGGACGCCACCCAGCCACGGUGUCUUCCGCAUCAUCCAGUACGGCGAGAAAGACGCUGAACUCGACGGCACCGACCUGAGCGCCCACUGGUCCUUCACGUCCCUGCAGAAGUUCGGACAAAACUUCAUCGACCAGAUUCAGGGGAAGGCCUUGAGUAGUCCCCUGCUGAAGAAGGUGACCUUCGUGGAAGCUCCAGGCAUUCUCGAGAUGAGACGGCCCGGCGAGCGCCUGUACCCCUACAACGACGUCGUCCAGUGGUUCAUCGACCGCGCUGACCUCAUCCUCGUCAUGUUCGACUACACGAAACUCGACGCCGGCUACGAGAUGGAGGCCAUCCUCGACCAGCUCAAGGGUCGCGAAGCUCAGACACGCAUCCUGCUGAACAAGGCGGACCAGGUGCCGCCCGAGGAGUUGAUCAAGGUCCAGGGCAGCCUCUUCUGGAACCUCAGCCCCCUCCUGGGCGUCUCCACCCCGCCCACCGUCUACGCCGGCUCCUUCGCCUCCAGGCCCUACCGCCCAGCCUCGCCCGCCAAGCUCUUCGAGGCUCAGGAGGAGGCCCUGCUGCACGACAUCGCCCAGGCCAUCAACAACCGCGUCGACAACCGCAUCGCCAUCGCUCGCAGGCACGCGGUUCGUGUGAGGAACCACGCCCAGAUGGUGGACUCGUACCUGACCACCUUCUACAUGAACAAGGGCUUCCUCACCAGCAAGCACAAGCUGGCCGAGGACAUCAUCGAGAACCCUCACACCUACAACAUCUACGAGGGCAUGAGUCUCCUCACCAACAUCUCUCGCUACGAUCUGCCCGACCCCGAGGUGUACAGGGACUUCUUUAGGGUCCACAACCUGUACGACUUCCAGAGGCUGAAGGACACGUGCUCCUACUUCCGGGGCUGCCCGCUCGCCAAGAUCGACGGCGCCAUCAGCCACAACCUGCCUGAGCUGCUGGACCGCCACCGCCGCCUGACCGAGGCCGCCCAGGGCGGGGCGGGCGCCAAGCCUUCCCCCGUGCCCACGCCGGGAGUCCGAGGCGCUGUGCCCCCCGCUGCCCAUGUCCGGACGUCAUGAGCAGCCCCUCCCUGAUGCCCCCGCUACCUGCGCGUGCCUUCUUAGGCCUGAGGGGGUCAGCACAUGACCAAAGUGUGAUAUUCAAACUGGAGAUGCGACUGCCCACCGAGCCGCCAUGACCCAGCUGAUGUGCAGGGCGGCCGGGCGGGAGUAGGGCGGGGUCAUCUCAGGUCACGCCCCCGCCGUACCCCCGCGACACUGAUUCUUGAGAAGUAGCAGAGGCUGCUACUUGAACACCUGUAUCAACUUUCCCUACUGGAGACUGCCAUGCCGCUGCCUUCACCCUGGCGGAGGCGAGAUCCCCGGGGCGAGGCUGGCGGCAGACCCUGCAUUCCCACACAACCAUGGUCCACACAGCUCAGCGAUACUUCAUAUGUUCACGUGUCUUGUUCUUCACAUCGUCCAUGUAUGUCUGUGCCUUUCUCCUCGCUUAACAGCAUGACCUCAGAUGACCUGCCAUGGGGGGUGUAGGGGAGCCACGUGAGGCGCCUCGACUCUCGCUUUGACCUCGUCGUGUGGCUGCUGAGCCCCUGGAUGAUGCUCAGAGGAGAGUUCAGGUGUCUCUUACUGUAUUAUGCUCAUAUGGAGACACACUUUACCACGACGCACCGCAAAUGUAUAGGAAACAACUCAAGAUUCCUCCUCAUCGUGUAGAGUCUUAGAGCAUUCCACUUGCGUAGCUGGUCUGACUGCUGUGCUACGACUUACGCAGAAAUCUGUAAAAGGAAACUGUCGACUAAAUAUGUUUCACUCAACUUGACGCUGGUGUCGUUGGCCCCCAAAGUUAUCGCAGGAAGGGUAUGAAAGGAACUUAUCCGCGUUUGCAUAUCCCUAGUUGGUCCUUGCUCUUGAGAUAAUGGUUUUCUUGUCGUCCUUCGUGAUUUUCGACAGAAGGAAAUCCACAUGAUGAGUGGACGGCGACAUCAUGCAAAAGAAUGUCACCGUUUUUCCACCAGUUUGCCUCAAGAACGUAACUUUGCCGGGGAGGCCACGACGCCAGACUGGAGACGCUAAACACAAUGUAAACUUAAGGAUUUUCUUUUUAUAUAAACGGAUGAGUACAAUCUAGUCAGUUUGAUGUUUUAUAAAUGCAAAGGGAGAAGGACAGUCACUCGACGCUUCUCCUUGUAAGAUGCCCAAGAAUUAUCAUAAUGGCUUUUAAGCGUGUCGGUCGCAGAACCAGAGACGCUUCUGUUAACGGGUUCGCAGUGCAGAGCCGCCCUCUGGUCUGACGGUUCUAUGGUUCUACGGUCCCAUAGGAUCCGCCGAACGCUCCCUGUAUUUGCGAAGCAGCCUGUACUUCAUGGAAAGUGACGGUUGAUUUUCUUUUGUUUACGCUUGCUUGGCUUUCACAAGAAUGGAAGUUCUGGUGUGUACAUACGGCCGCGUUCGGAACCCGGAUGGAGCCGACCCACAGGACUUGGUUUUGGAGUGAUGUAUCAGCUCACGUCAAGGAUUUCAGGGUUAAAACUUUUGCUUUUUAGAAGUGAUUGCAGCUGUUUUAAGCGCCCUCUCUCUUUUUUUGGAAUGGCACAAUUUUAUUUCUGAGUGCAUUUUGUUUCUGUAAAAAUAAAGGAAUGUAUAUUAAUGCAGAGUUCCCUGUUUUGUUUAUACGUGUAGAUAAUAUAUAUUGGGUCUUAGAUAACAUUGUUAACUACAGUUACAAAGCGUUUUAGAUGCACGUGAUAAGUGACAUAGAGUGGGAACAUUAAGUAGUUAGCCAGUUAUCUUGUUAUCUAAUAGGGUUAAACAUUGACGAACUAUUCAAGUACUUUUAAUCAUGUUAUGUCCGCUGAAAAAUCAUUUUGAUCCAGGUAACAAGGUGAUUCUUCUAGUAAUGUAUCGACGAUAGCAUCUGUGAUUGGAUAACUUUGUAUAUGUUGAUUACUGUCAUAGGUUUCCUUAUAUAACCCUAUGUAAUAACAGGCAAACGUAGGGAGUGUUUUAAUAAACAUGUGAAAGUUUUAUUUCCGAAAA